UCCUAUUAUAUAAGAAACUGGUGCAUGCUUUGGCAUUUUUGACCAAUCCGUUUAUUCGCCGUCCUGCGACAAGGGAACCAAACACUUGUAGCUUUCGUGGGAGAGAGGCAGUGGGGAUGCCACCAAACUACAUGUAGAUUACAGAGGAAGAGGUAAGUGGCUAGGCUGUUUCACUCAUUAUAACAUGGCUUUCCGGUCGCCGCAAAACCGCCCAAGCAGCGCCGCGCAGCGCGUGUGACGAUUCGCUGACGCCACAUAACCCGAGAGAGUGAGGGAGACAGAGAGAGACUGCUGAAGACCCUACAACGUCUUCUCCUCUGUUGGGUGAUAGCUACAUCUGCGGCAGAACUCACCAGCUCGCAGUCGCAUCAGUAAACCUGCUUCUCCGACGCCGGCGACAUGGAGGUCCCCAGCCUGGGCCACAACAUCACCAGCCCAAUAAGUCCGUGUGAAGGCAUGGUGAACAACCUCAGCUUGGAAAGCCUGGAGCUAUGCGAGAGAGACGGAGGCAAGCCAGAGGCGAGCGGCAUGGUAGAGAUGGAGGAGCUCCCUGUUCCCCAAAACAUUAAGAUCAGCAACAUCACAUGCGACUCCUUCAAGAUUUGCUGGGACAUGGACCCUCGGGUCAAGGAAAAAAUAACACACUACUUCAUAGACCUGAACAAAAAGGAAAACAAGAACUCCAAUAAGUUCAAACACAAGGACGUCCCCACCAAACUGGUUGCUAAGGCAGUGCCGUUGCCAAUGACAGUGCGAGGCCAUUGGUUCCUGAGCCCGCGCACAGAGUACACAGUUGCCGUGCAGACAGCCUCCAAACAGAGUGAUGGGGAUUACGCUGUAUCAGAGUGGAGUGACAUCAUUGAGUUUUGUACUGCUGAUUAUUCCACAGUGCAUCUGAAUCAGCUGAUGCAGAAAGCGGAGGCCAUCGCUGGAAGAAUGCUUAAAUUCUCAGUGUUCUACAGGAACCAACACAAAGAGUACUUCGACCAUGUUAAGGAGGUACAGGGGAGUCGUAUGCUCCCAUCAGUGAAGGACAACAGUGGCAGCCACGGCUCCCCCAUCAGUGGCAAGCUGGAGGGCAUCUUAUUCAGCUGCAACACAGAGUUCAAUACGGGCCAGCCUCCCCAGGACUCCCCCUACGGCCGUCUGCGCUUUACGGUUCCCGCCCAGACCCUGUUCGGCCCGCACACUCGCCUUUACUUCGGUGACUUCUACUGUAUGUACACGGCUUACCACUAUGUCAUCCUGGUGGUGGCCCCCAGGGGGUCACCUGGCGACAUCUUCUGCCAGGACCGGCUGCCAGAGCUCAACGUGGCUGACAACCGCUUCCUGACGUGUGUGGCAACUGAGGACGGGCAGCUGGAGUUCCAACAUGCCCAGGACGUGAUCCUGGAGGUCAUCUACACUGAGCCUGUGGAGCUGGCUCAGGGGACUGUAGCCGAGAUCAGCGGACACCAGCUCAGUAGCCUGUCCACUCUCAACGCCAAGAAGGACCCAAGCUGCAAGACGUGCAACAUUAGUGUGGGUCGCUAGUGCUAACGCUAAAGCUAAGCUAACUCCGCUAACGCUUAGCUAAAGCUAAACCUCCGUGGUUUCAAAACCUUCAUUCUUGAUCCUAUGCCCUUAUAAACUCAGACAUUAGUGUUGGCUGCAAAAGAUGGAUCCAGCAGUCUCCAUGUUGCCCAUUCUUGCAUUGAAAAUGCCAACUGAUCUCCCUCAACUCUUGUGUAAUGUUGUCGUCAGUGUGGAAUGUCUCUACGCAAUUUCAAUGACUGCACUGGAAUCUACACCCUGAACAGGUCUUAAAGUAUGAUAUAUGUGAAAAGCUGAACAUGCAAUCCCCUCUCCUGUUACAAAGCAAAAAAUAAAGAAACACCCUCCUGUCUUUUACCUGCAAACACCAAAAUGCCACCUGUAAGUUACCCCGUUAGCCCUAUCCCUUAGUUGUCCCAGGAAUUACAGGAACAUGGUUAAAUGGUUGACAGACACACACCGCCCCUUUAAACGGAUCUUUUGAUACCCUUUAUGUUUUCCCUGGCUGCUGACUGUGUUAAUAUUAUUGUUUUGUUUUGGAAAUCAAAAUGCAGCUCUCUGUACUUCUUCGCCUGCUUUAUUUUCUCUUCCAUUUUUAGAGGGGAUUGAUAUGUUAAUGUUUUCAUUCCUCUGUACAUAGGCCUACCGGUCUGUGUGUGUGUGUGUGUGUGUGUGUGUGUGUGUGUGUGCCUGCUGAUCUUGUGUGAGAAACAAGACUGAGAAACAACAUUGAGUGAAUGUUUAGUCAAUUCUCUCUGCCUCAAUGUGUGCAUUGUCUUUUUGUCUCCCCCAAGUGGCCGUUUGUGUGCUCUGAGUGGUGCAGUCUCAUGCUUUAUACCAAAGGCUCAAAGACACGGAGACACACCCUAAGAGCCACACAGAGAGCAGCCACAUUAAGCUUCUAUGAUGGCUGAUUCUGAGAACUGGGGAGGCCUAUUUGUCUGUCCCUGGUGAUAGAAGCUGUUAUUUCCGGUGUCAUGUGAUGAAAUAGUAUGCCCAUGUGUUGUCACAAGCAUGAACUGUAACCAAAUGCAGACAUCUAUGUCCUUCCAUUCAAACUGUAUCUCCAAGUCUUAGUCUUAGUCAGUCCACAGGCUUAUUUACCAAGGAUUAGUUUCAUCUUAUGCACACUUCAGUUGUUAGUGAACUUAAGGAGUUGAUCCCGUUGUCACAUUUUGCUUCCUCUCAGCUGCAUUCAAUGAGAUGAGAAGUACGUUCACAAACUGACAUGUUUCUAGGGGUAUCCAUUUUGUCAUCCAAAUUACAAGAUGAUGGAAUAAAACAUGCCAGUGCUGUUUAAACAACUGCAUGUGAUUUAAAAUGUGAUCAUAUCAUGUCAUAAUGCUCUUGACAACUUUAAAAUGGAAAGAGGUUGCUGUUGAGUGUGCUGAAAAAAAUGGGAAUAUUACAUUUGAUCUCCAAUUCUGACGGAAGGAAAUAACUUUAUCGUGAGUCUUAUAAAGGAAUGUGGAAAUAAGCAACUGUAUCGGCAUUACACUUUGCAUGUGGUGCAACUUUAGCUUUUUUAUAUUGUGAACCAAACAAAAUUGACUUAUGAAAGAAAUCAAUUGAAUCUUUUGGAAUUGACACCAUCUCAUUGUAUUGAAAAAAGAAAGGAUGUCAUGCAUUAGUGCGGUAAUUAUACAAAUGUAAUUUAUGACUGGAGUUCAGACAGAAAAAAUUUGAAAAACUAGUCUUCAAGGGUAGCCUGUGUGUUAGGAAAUAGACAAGCAUUUAACGGCAGAAAUUUGCUAUUUGCAUCUCCAUAGAGGCAGUUACUCAGCUACCGAAGACCUUCUGACCUGCCAAAAGGUAUACCGCUACGAUUACCAGUUAUCAUAUGCAAUUAAUGGGCAAAGGAAAUCAUUCAUACAUUUAUUUGGACAGUUUCUGACCGUCACUGUGAUUAUUGUGUUGUCAAAAAACAUUAUAGAUGGCUUUACAAAGUCUACCCCCGUGAGACACAAGGACACACGUCUGAGUUUUUUUUGACAUCUGGUUAUAGGCACAAUGAAAUAUUACAAUUGCUGCAAUUUGAUAUUUAGUGAUAAGUACUAGGACAAAAUGGAGUUUGCUGUGUCUAAAGUCUAGAGAAGGCUGAAAAGGGGGCAAAUUAGACGGAAGUGUUGCAGAUUCUUCUUUAAAUUAGUUCUGUAAAGACCUUGUUACUCUAUCAUAUUGAAGUGUCUCAAAAAGCCUUAUUUCUAAGAGUAGGUUUCUGGUCAUAUGUUGUGCAGAGUGUGUUGAAUUGACUUAGCAAGGCCUAUUGUAGUGCACAUUUGGCUUUGAAGCUUCCGAACCAGCUGUGCUGUUGUCACAUUUCACUUCACCAACAGUGAACAGAAGCUGCACGAAUCCAGACAGCCCGCCCUUCCAAGGACGCUCCCCUGCCUUACUUGAAAUGUUUUGUACAGUACCUGUUCUAUUGUCGUUUUAACCUCAAUACGUGAACAUAUCACAGAGGAAAGCAGUCAUUCUCUAACCUUUCUCCUUUUUGUUGCUCUCAGCUUCCCUUUAUCAUUCAUCCUGUGUGUAUCAUGCUGUUGUGCUCUCUCUCUACUUUUUCUUUAUCUGACAGCAGUGGUGAUCAACACCAAAUGUGACUGUUUAUUAAAAGACCAUUCAGGUGUGUACCUA